CGGGGUGGGGGCAACCUCUGGGUCCCGGGCCGCUGGCGGGGCCCGUGGGCCGGGCGGCGCUGAGGCCUGAGGUCCGAGGCCCGAAAGCCGAAGCCUCCCCAUUCCCGGCCCGGGGGCAGCCGCUGGUUGUGGGCCCACAGCCCCGGGCUAGGGCCUCACAGUCCCCCCUCCCCCGGCCUCUCCCCCACGGGCCCCGUCCUCCCCCCUCCCGGCGGGGAGCCGUCACCUGGCGCCGCGGGGACUUCCAUCACUCGGCCGGCGGCGGGGACGGGCGAUACCCGGGGUGGUACCUGACCCGGGGGGUGUACAAGGGAUAUCUGCAGGCUGAGAUGGACAGCGACACACCCAAGAACGACCCUGAUUCCAGCUCACAGUUGGUGCUGGUCACUGGGUUUGGACCAUUCCGAAGAUACCUCCGUAAUCCGAGCUGGGUGGCUGUUCAGGAGCUGAAGGCACUGGGUCUGGGUGAGAAUGUUCAAAUGGAGGUGGCAGAACUGCCAGUGCACUACCAGAGAGCCCGGGAGCUGGUGACCAGGAUGUGGGAGACCCUCCGGCCACAGCUGGCGGUCCACGUUGGAGUAGCAACAGCAUCGAAGACUGUAAUUCUCGAACAAUGCGCCAAGAAUCACGGAUACGUGGACGGCGACAUCUGUGGCCUCACUCCGGAGGGGGGCUGCUGCAUCAAGGGGGGGCCGGAGGAGAUCGAGUCACUCAUCAACAUGAGGGCCAUCUGCAAAAAAUUACCUGCAACGGACGUCGCAGUCAUCCAUUCGAGAAACGCGGGGAGGUUCCUGUGCGAUUUUGCCUAUUACACUUCUCUGUACCACGGCAACAGAAGAGCCUGCUUCAUUCAUAUCCCUGCACCAAGCACGGGUUGGGGAGCCAAGACUCUGGGCAAGAUCCUGCAGCUGAUCAUACGGGAGAUGCUGGAACAGCUGGAGACAGAAGUGUACUAACAGCAGCUUCACAGAGCAUUGCCAAGAGUGUCUACAGACUUACAAGUGAAGGAGAGGAGGGCCAACUCACAUUUCUGUAGCACCUUUCACCUCCCCUUCCAAUUGUCCCUAAAUGCCCCAGAGCCACUGACACGCCAUUGAAGUUGUCCACUGUUGUAAUGUAGGAAAUGAGGCAGCCAAAGUGCACAGCAAGCUCCCACAAACAGCAAUAACAGGACAACCUGUUCUAGUGACCUUUGUUGAGGAUUAAGUAUCGGCUGCAAAACACCAAGUCAGAGAAUGCUGGAACACUCAGCAGGUCAGGCAGCGUCUGUGGAGUGAAAUGCUCCAAGUUGCUGAGCUUUUGGUUUAUAUUGAAGAUUUCUAGCACCUGCAGCAUUUUGCUGUUGUCCUGGGAAGGUCCCCUGCUCCUCUUCAAAACAGCCUUGGGAUCUUCCACAUGUAAGGGCAGACGAGACCUUGGUUAUGUCUUGUCUGUAAGGUGGCUGCUCUAUCUGCACCACUUUUGAGGAGCAGCCUGGAUUUUUGUGCUCCCAACACUGGCUGCUAGUUGUACUGGUUGCACUGUUGAAGGAGUGACUGCGUUUUAUGCAGCUUGCUGGACUGUUACUCACCUUGUCACAUGCAACUUUGAGAUGAUAAAAUGCCUUAAAUUAUCUGAAUCAUGUUUGAGUCACUAAGUGCACAACGAAAGUGCUGAAA